AUGCUAGAGGGCAUAGCAACUGGUUACAUUAUGCUGCCUCAGGACUGGAAAGACCUUAUGCGCAUGCUUUUGUCCCCUGCUCAGUAUGUGGUGUUUGAGAGUGAAUUUAAACAUAGCGCUUCAGCCCUGUCUGAUCCUCAACAUACUGCCAAUGAACUUUAUGGUGCUGGUCAGUUUGCUGAUAUAACUGCCCAAGCAACACUGACACCUGUACAUUUUGUUCGCACCGCGACCUGUGUACAACGCGCCUUUCGGAAAGUCCCUGUUUCUGGGCAACCGCUGAGCUCCUUUGUGAAUAUUAAGCAACAGCAUUCGGAGCCAUACCAUCAGUUUAUAGAUAGAUUGAAAGAAUCAGUCACUAGGCAGAUUGAUAACACCACUGCUCAAAAUGAAUUGAUGAAAAAAUUGGCCUUUGAAAACGCAAACACUGAUUGCAAGAAAGCUUUGCAGUCAAUCAUACAUCGCCCUAAAUAUGAACUGGCCGAUAUGAUUCAAGCUUGUGCGGAUGUCGGUAGCCAGAGCCAUGCGAUGUCCUUGCUUGCCGGCGCAAUCCAAGCAACCACUAAGCCUACUGGUAACUGCUUUAAUUGCAAGCGCCCAGGCCACUUUGCCAAGCAAUGCAGAGCCCCAGGCGGGGGGGCACACAAGGAUGGUUCUACCUCUAAAGCUAGACCUUCUAAAAAAUGCCCGAAAUGUGGCAAAGGCUAUCAUUGGGCUAAUCAAUGCAGGAGUUCGGGAAACUCCAUUGCGGCCCCACUCUCGGGCCAGGAAAAUUAGAGAGCUUUCCGCCUUUAAUUUCUGCUGCUGCAAACUUUUCAAAGAACACACCCUCUGAAUUUGCAAUUGAUUUGAUCAAUCAAGAGACCAAAGAUUCUGUUCUACCUGGUGAAAUUGUGCUCAUGCCCACUCAAUUGGCAGGUCCCCUGCCUCCUAAAGUCGCAGGUUUAAUUUUACCCAAAUUUUCUGCGGCAAAGGAAGGCAUCCAGGUUAUUCCUGGAGUUCUGGAUCCUGACUAUGUAGGCACAAUAAUGGUUCAACUCUGGAGCCAUAUGCCCAUGCAAUUAAAAAGGGUGAGUCUUGGGCGCAUUUGGUGGUGCUCCCUUCUCAUCCUACUGCUUCUAUUAUGGAUACUAAUUUGCACGAGCUCUCUUCUUUCCCUCCACAGCUGUUAGCUGUAGUCCAGAGGAUUGGUGAGAAGAAACUUCUUCGUAAGUAUAAAAUCAAUGGUAUUGUGCUGGAAGGCUUGAUUGACACAGGCGCAGACGUUUCUGUAAUUUCUAGUAGUUGCUGGGACCCCACGUGGCCCCUUGAGUCUGCCUCUGCUGUCUGGGGUGUGGGUGGCCCCCAAACCUCUUCCAAAAGCGUACGGUGGCUGCCUGUGUCUCUGCCUGAUAGCUCUGAAACCAUUGCUUACAUCCAGCCCUGUGUGCUGAAAAUCCACCUCAAUCUGUGGGGAAGAGACUUGCUACAGCAAUUACAAGCUACCAUUCAAUUUAAUGAGUAAGCUUGCACUUCCCCUCAGCUGGAAAUCUACCACUCCUGUAUGGGUGGAACAAUGGCCCAUAACAGGAGAAAAGCUACUUGCUUUAAAGCAAUUAGUGAAUGAACAAUUAUCGGCAGAUCAUAUUGAGCCUUCAGUUAGCCCCUAUAAUACACCCAUCUUCGUCAUAAAAAGAAGAGUGGCAAAUGGAGAUUUCUCCAGGAUUUAAGGAAAAUAAACCAAAUCCUUGAACCCAUGGGGCCUUUACAAUGUGGUCUGCCAAAUCCAAAUUUAAUCCCCGUGGGCUGGCAUCCAACCAAUUGUGGCAAAUGGAUGUCACUCACUUCGCCCCUUUUCACCUUGGAAGUUCAUACAUGUUUGUGUUGAUACGUUCUCUGGCUUUAUUUGGGCCACCCCUCAAAGGGGAGAACAAGUUAAACAUGUUUGCAAUCAUCUUGUUCGUACCAUGUCAGUCAUGGGCAAGCCUCAUUCCCUGAAAACUGACAAUGCCCCAGCGUACUGUGCAAAAACCUUUGCUCAGUUCUGUGAAACUUGGAAUAUUCACCAUUUAUUUGGCAUCCCCUACAAUUCUCAAGGCCAAGCCAUCGUCGAAAGGGCUAAUCGUACCUUAAAAACUGCUCUACAACGCCAGGAAAAGAAGGCCGGUGUCCCAGCCUCCCUUUCCGAAAAGGAAGGCUGGCUGGCCAGUGUUCUCUUUACUCUCAACCAUUUGAAUGUUUCCAUACAGGAUCAUCAAUCUUAUACUCGCCUGCAGAAGCAUUUUCAGCAAACAGAGAUACUCCCAGCCCCACUGGUCCGCUAUAAGAUAUUACCCUCCAACGAGUGGAGUGAACCUGUAAAACUGAUCACCUGGGGAAAGGGUUACGCUGCAGUGUCUACUCCACAGGGUCCUCGCUGGGUUCCCGCACGCUGCAUCCGCCUAUACCAUGGCAUGGCGACAGUCCCUUCCGAAUCCAGUACCGCAGUUCGACCACACACUACGGAUCGCCCAGGCCGCAGCGCCCAGCCCCCAGGACUCGCAAGCGGGAAAUCGUAAUGGACCUGUGA